AUGCCCAAAGUCAACUUCGUCUGGGCAGGACCGGCAAGAGACGUCUCAGUUCUCGGAAAUUUCAACAAAGAGAAACCCCUCAAACUCGAGUUCGGCUCCAAGAAAGGUGGACCGGCCGUCUUCCGAGGCGAAGUCCGCGUCGAGAGCCUCACGCAAAAGAUAUACUACAGAUUCGUUGUCGAUGGCAGGAGCACACUCAAUGAUGCCAUUGCCCAGGAGAAUUGGCCUGGUCAUGGAAUGAGGAAUGUCGCUACACCGAGGAACUCCAAAUCGUCUGUGCCGUAUCCGUACAGAAAGUUGGAUUUCGAUAAUUAUGAUUUCCGAGUCUUGGUAUUGAAACCUCGCGAGAUAUCGGAGAGUAGCAUUGAUACGAUUGAUUGUCGUCUGGAGCAUGACUCGUUGAUUAAUCCGAAGCCGUAUCUUGCGCUAUCGUAUUGCUGGGGUGAUGCUGCUGUCACAAAGGGACUCCAGAUGGGAGGAUAUUACUCUGAUAUCACAAGUAAUUUGGCACUGGCAUUGUUUGCUAUGAGGAGGCUGCGAUGUUCGAAUGCGCCGAUUCGUCUAUGGGUAGAUGCCCUGUGCAUUAAUCAAGCGGAUAACGAGGAAAGAAGCAAUCAGGUUCGGAAUAUGCGUCAGAUAUACGCUAAAUCCUCAGAAGUCAUCUCAUGGGUUGGAAGCGGAUCUCUCUACGGGUAUACAUCGGAGGCUGUGGAGUACCUCAUCAAGAAGCAAAGUCUCAUCAACCGAAUGGACGAUGGGUCUUCUUCUUUUCGAGACGCCCAGAUGCUACUCGACGACUUUUCCUCAUUCAGUUAUGCCACAAAGGAGGAUUGGAAGGAAAACCAACUAUAUAUCAUGGAUGCGUUCUUCAAUCAACCGUACUGGAAGAGAGUAUGGAUUAUCCAGGAAGUGACAGUAGCGCCACGAGCUACUAUUGUGUGGGGAAAAGCAGAGAUCCCAUGGGAGAUCGUGGCAAGGGCACUGUCGGCCUGGAAACUCAUGGAGAUCAGCACUGGUCCAAGGCAGUCGCGAGGAUUUACGAACGCGCUUCAUUUAUUGGAAUUUCACAACCACGAUAACGUCAAGCCUCAACCAAUCAGUCUACUCGAUGCAAUCAGUUGGAGUCACCAGACACUGUCAACUGAGCCCCGAGAUAGGAUCUUUGCAUUAUUAGGGCUGUGUCAUGAUGGCGCGAGGUUCGUCCCUGUACCGAAUUACAAGCAAUCGCUUGAGGCUAUUGUGAUAGACAUGGUACUGUCGAUGAUGCGGUACACCAAAUCCCUGGAUUUGAUUUGUUUGAAAGGGAUUGGGGUACGAAACUCGGAAAAUAUGAAGUUGCCAACCUGGGUACCCAAUCUUGUCGACCUCUGGUCCGGAUCUCUCACAAUCCAAGAAAAGAACUUCUUCGAAUGGAGGUCAGUAAACAGCUUUGUGUCUGUGCUCGACGGUUCCAAUACCACGACUCUCAAAGUGAAAGGCAAAUUCCUCGGCAAAAUCAUAGGUCUCAGCACAGGCAUAAGCACAGAUGGAGUCGUUUGUCUCCCAACACAGCGGCGACGGCCUUGGAUCCAUGCCACUGCGAACCUAAUUCGGACGAAUCCAAAACUAUGGGGUGCAUCAGACAUAGACCGUGACGUGCGAGACGCCAUAUACAGAACGCUAACGAUGUGUCUCCUCCCCGACAGUAUCUCGUACGAAUGCGCACGACUGCUUCGCCUCACUCUGGACGCCUUUGGGUCGAGGAGCAAUCCACAGCAUCGCGUUGAUAAACUGGAUCGAUUCGAAUGCAGAGUUUAA